GGGGCUUUUAUUUUGAAACACAAUGCAGUUAGCUGCUAGCCUGCGUUAAAUGAUCACCCUGCGGGUGGACUAGCUAACCCACUGUUCACUGGUUCCUCAUCCACUCAGGGAUACUGAAAGUAUUGUGCACCUUACAAGCAAUAAGAUCCGAUACUUGUUGACAGUACUGAAAGACGGUACAGUAACGAUACCAUGGCUCUGAAAAGAAUACAAAAGGAGCUGCAUGAUCUUCAAAGGGACCCCCCUGCCCAGUGUUCAGCUGGACCAGUUGGGGAGGACAUGUUCCACUGGCAAGCUACAAUCAUGGGCCCUAGUGACAGUCCAUACCAAGGCGGUGUCUUCUUCCUCACAAUCCACUUUCCUACAGAUUAUCCUUUCAAACCACCAAAGGUUGCAUUUACCACAAAAAUAUAUCAUCCAAACAUCAACAGUAAUGGCAGUAUCUGCUUGGAUAUCUUAAGAUCACAGUGGUCUCCUGCUCUAACGGUAUCGAAAGUUCUGUUGUCCAUAUGUUCUUUGCUAUGUGACCCGAACCCAGAUGACCCUUUAGUGCCAGACAUUGCACACAUCUACAAAUCAGACAAAGAGAAAUACAACAGACUAGCCAGAGAGUGGACCCAGAAGUAUGCAAUGUGAAGCAAGACAAACAAACAAACAAAAAACCCUUUACAAAAACUGGCCAUUUUUGAGUCACAAACCACUGUAAAUUCCUAGUAUCUUAAAGAACACACACACACACACACACACACACACACAAACUUAGGUGAUAUUAUUAAAAAAAACACAUCAUACUGUUAACAUUACCAACUGACAUGACCAUUUUUAGAGCAUAGGAGUUAGGACUAACGGGGGAGGAGCAUGGACCAUGCAGGAGAUCGAGGCCCUCCGCACACCGCUUACGUCAAAGUGUAGCGCACUGCCUUCGAUUCCACUGUCUUCUAUACAACCCUGCCAUUAACACCAGCCAACCGGCCAAAUGCCGGUGCAAGGUGCAAUUUCAGUUUGGCUGGUAGAACAGACUAACUUACCGGUACUAGCCAAUUUGACCCAUUAGUGAGUGUGUGUUUGGCUAGUAAGGGUAACGUCUACUAGCCAUUUUGGCUGGUUACAAAAAAACAAGUUAAUUUAGAGCCCUGAACCCAGCAUACUGGUACAGGUGUCCGGACAUCUGCGCCGGGACCCAGGGCUGCAUUUCUCGAAAUCAUAGUUGCUAACUAGUAUGUUAGCUACUUUGUUGUUUGCAAUGCAAUUUCCCAUUGACAACUACCCAAGUUGCUAACUGGCUAACAACUACGCUUUUGAGAAACUCACUCACCCCAGGGUUGUGUUGAAGAGGGUGGGAUCGAAUGUUGGCAUAGCAGUGUGCUGUCACCACACUUUGGCGGAAUCGAUGUGCGGAGACCCUGAUCCUGUGGACUUGCACGCAGCGUGCUGCAUCUAGCUCUCCCCUCCCCUUCCCUUCCCUUUCCACCCUUUUGGGCACUUUUUUCUUUCCUUUUUAUUUUUAUUCCAUCAUUUUGUAAAUCUUAUUUAAGAGAAAUUGAGGCUUGGAGGUGUGUUGGGAGUUGACCAAGUAAAAGAGGGAAAUUAAGGACUUUAAAAAAAUAUUGUAUUUUACUUUUUUUUCUCUUUUGUUUUUAGUUGAUCUUCAUUUUCAUUUAGAGAUUUUUAUUGUAUAGUGUAAAGACUAUACUGAAUCUAUUUUUAUUAUUUUGCAUUAAAAAUCAAUUUUAAAA